AUGGCUCAGGUUCCUGACCUCUUUGAAGACCUGAAGAACUGCUACAGUGAAAAUGAAGAAUACAGUUCCAAAAUUGACCAACUCUCUCUGAAUCAGAAAUCCUUCUAUGAUGCAUGCUACGAUCCACUUCCCAAGGACCGCAUGGAUCAAUUCCUGUCUCUGAGUACCUCCGAGACCUCUAAGACAUCCCAGCUUACCUACAAGGAGAGUAUGGUGGUGGUGUCAGCCAGUGGAAAGAUUCUGAAGAAGAGACGGUUGAGUUUCAAUCAGUUCAUUACCAAUGAUGACCUGGAAACCAUUGCCAAUGAUCCAGAAGAAGAAAUCCUCCAGCCCACAUCAGUUCCUUACAGCUUCCAGGGCAAUGUGAGUUACCCCUUCAUGAGGGUCCUCAAAAGACAUUUCAUCCUGGAUGACAGCCUCCAUCAAAGCAUCAUUCGAGAUACAUCGGGCCGUUUCCUCGUGGCUGCCACAUUACAUGAUAGGGACCAAGCAGUGAAAUUUGAUAUGGGUGGUUAUAAAUCAGAUGAUCUUAAAUUUCCUGUGACUCUAAGAAUCUCAGACACACGACUGUUUUUGAGUGCGCAAAAAGAAGGCGAACCCGUAUUGCUAAAGGAGAUGCCUGAGACACCCAAAACCAUCACAGAUGAAACCAACCUCCUCUUCUUCUGGGAAAGUAAAGGCUCUAUGGACUACUUUGAGUCAGUUGCCCAUCCAAAGUUGUUUAUUGCCACAAAGGAAGAAUACCAGGUGCACAUGGCAAGUGGGCAUCCCUCUAUCAUUGACCUUCAGAUACUGGAAAACUAG